GGUGGUUGUGGUGGCUGCACAGCUGACAAGAAACUCCUAAAUUUCCUCUGGGAGUGAAGUAGAACUUCUUAAGAACAUAAUGGAUGAAGAAGAGAAAACCUAUGGUGGCUGUGAAGGCCCUGAUGCUAUGUAUGUCAAAUUAAUAUCCUCUGAUGGCCAUGAGUUUUUUGUAAAAAGAGAACAUGUGUUAACAUCAGGAACAAUAAAAGCCAUCUUGAGUGGCCCAAGUCAGUUUGCUGAAAAUGAAACCAAUGAAGUCAAUUUUACAGAGAUCCCUUCACAUGUGCUAUUCAAAGUGUGCGUGUUUUUCACCUACAAGGUUCAUUACACUAACAGCUCCACCGAGAUUCCUGAAUUCCCAAUUGUGCCUGAAAUUGCACUGAAACUGCUGAUGGCUGCGAAUUUCCUAGAUUGUUAA